GGACAUGGAGGGAAAUGUGACCAGGACUCUGUUCCCUAACUUACAACCGAGGGAAUCUGCAAAGCUGGUAUUCCAUGGUAGGAAAGCCACCACUUUGGUCACACGCCUGUGGUCCCCUGCAAUUUCAAGGCCUGCUCCUUGCCCCUCCCGGGGCCCUGCGACCUAGCUGUGGAGCACCAUGGGGAACCACUUGACCGAGAUGGCGCCCACCGCCUCCUUCUUGCCCCACUUUCAAGCCCUGCACGUCGUGGUCAUCGGGCUGGACUCGUCCGGGAAGACCUCCCUCCUUUACCGCCUGAAGUUCAAGGAGUUCGUGCAGAGUGUCCCGACCAAAGGCUUCAACACAGAAAAGAUCCGGGUGCCCCUGGGGGGGUCCCGCGGCAUCACCUUCCAAGUGUGGGACGUGGGGGGACAGGAGAAGCUGCGGCCGCUGUGGCGCUCCUACACGCGCAGGACGGACGGGCUGGUGUUUGUGGUGGACGCUGCUGAGGCCGAGCGCCUGGAGGAGGCCAAGGUGGAGCUCCACCGGAUCAGCCGGGCCUCGGACAACCAGGGCGUGCCUGUGCUGGUGCUGGCCAACAAGCAGGACCAGCCGGGGGCCCUGAGCGCGGCCGAGGUGGAGAAGAGACUGGGGGUCCGAGAGCUGGCAGCCGCCACUCUCACGCACGUGCAGGGCUGCAGCGCCGUGGACGGCCAGGGCCUGCAGCCGGGCCUGGAGCGCCUGUACGAGAUGAUCCUCAAGAGGAAGAAGGCUGCUCGAGGCAGCAAGAAGAGACGGUGACCCGAGGACGCCCCUCCCCACGGAGUCGGGGUCUGCACGCUGGGACAGCGAGGCAGGCGGAGCCCCUUGGACUCAUCCCGAGGUGCAGGGCUCGCCACUCGAUGAAGGACGGAGGCUCACUGGGGCUCCUGUUGGGGUGCCAUUUCGUGGGGGUGGACCGAUGAUGGCAUCUUCUGCGCCUCUCUCCCGCAGCCCUGGGAGAGGAGGGAGCUGCAGGAGUGUGGAGGCGACAUGUAAACUGUGACUCUACCUCGACCCACAGUCUCGUCUGUUUUCUUCUCUGGCCUUUGAAUCAGAUGGGUCGGGCAGCCCUUGGGAGACUGCCCCUGGGAGGCGUGAGAACUUCCCUGGAGGGGGGUGGGGUGGGGGUGUCUCCCAGCUGCUCCUCUGCAGGGGAGAGCCAGUCGCAAGAGUCUUUAUUUUUGCGUCCGUGAAAAUGCCAAGAACCCCUUCCCCAAUUUGUAGACCCACAGCCCUUUUUAUAGGCCGCGUGUGCACACUGUAUUACUAUGAGCAAUGGACUAUUUUUUGGUAUUUGCCUGUAAGUUAUUAAAGACUGAUGACACUGUA